GAAGGUGAAGGUGCAGCUAACAGAAAAAGGGAUGGGAGGAAAUUCAAGGAAGCUAAAGGGAUUAGAAAGUGGCACUGUGUAAAGUCUUUAGCCCAGCAAGAAAAGCUUAUGGCGAGGAAUCGAUCCUGCUAUUGUGUUAGUUUUAUUGUUAAGGAUGAGGGAAACUGUGUAAACAAGGCUUGGCUGGAUAACAGGAAAGAAGUCUCUAUCUGCAGACACGGCUCUGUAACAACUACUAGGCAAACAGCUGAAGAAUCCAUCCCUGACCAUGACACUCACAUAAAGUAAGAACUGUGGCCAUCGCUGCUGACGAUGACUGAAUGUACAAUUUCUACUUUUAAAGGUCACAUCAGAAGGAGUUGAAGAACUGGACAACAAAUACACUGAUGACUAUCAGUUCACUGCUCUAAGGGGAGAACAAGUAAUUAAAGGCAACUUCUACCUCAAGGACAACAUACAUGACACGACUUUCACCCUUGAUGUAAAGCGUUUGGUUGUUGUGUAUGCUGCCACUGUGUGCCACAUUUGUGGUGAAUUACCAGCAAAGAAAAAAGGAAGAAAAACUGUCUACAAGCUUCCAUCAUGA